CUGGACGUGUGGUGGGGGCAGAGAUCCCCUUGGUCCAUCACACUUCCACCGCCCUGGGGUUGGGGCACUGCGAGGGAGAUAAGCUUAAUGGACUCCCUCUACGGAGAUCUCUUUUGGUACUUGGACUAUAAUGAGGAUGGGACCUUGGACAUUUCUGAGCUUCAGGAAGGCCUGGAGGACGUAGGGGUCAUUCAUUCUCUAGAAGAAGCAAAGAAAAAUUUUACUACUGAAGAUGUCAACAAAGAUGGGAAACUGGAUUUUGAAGAAUUUAUGAAGUACCUUAAAGACCAUGAGAAGAAAAUGAAAUUGGCAUUUAAGAGUUUGGACAAAAAUAAUGAUGGAAAAAUCGAGGCUUCAGAAAUUGUCCAGUCUCUCCAGACACUGGGUCUAACUAUUUCUGAAAAACAGGCAGAGUUGAUUCUUCAAAGCAUUGAUGCAGAUGGGACAAUGACAGUGGACUGGAAUGAAUGGAGAGACUACUUCUUAUUUAAUCCCAUUACAGACAUUGAGGAAAUUAUCCGUUUCUGGAAACAUUCCACAGGAAUUGACAUAGGGGAUAGCUUAACUAUUCCAGAUGAAUUCACAGAAGAUGAAAAAAAAUCCGGACAAUGGUGGCGGCAGCUUUUGGCAGGAGGCAUCGCUGGUGCUGUCUCUCGAACAAGCACUGCCCCUUUGGACCGUCUGAAAAUCAUGAUGCAGGUUCAUGGUUCAAAAUCAGACAAAAUGAACAUAUUUGGUGGCUUUCAGCAGAUGGUAAAAGAAGGAGGUAUCCGCUCCCUUUGGAGAGGAAAUGGUACAAACGUCAUCAAAAUUGCUCCUGAGACAGCUGUUAAGUUCUGGGCAUAUGAACAGUACAAGAAGUUACUUACUGAAGAAGGACAAAAAGUUGGAACAUUUGAGAGAUUUAUUUCUGGUUCCAUCGGAGCAACUGCACAGACUUUUAUAUAUCCAAUGGAGGUUAUGAAAACCAGGCUGGCUGUAAGCAAAACUGGGCAAUACUCUGGAAUAUAUGAUUGUGCCAAGAAGAUUUUGAAACAUGAAGGCUUGGGAGCUUUUUACAAAGGUUAUGUUCCCAAUUUAUUAGGUAUCAGACCUUAUGCAGGCAUAGAUCUUGCUGUGUAUGAGCUCUUGAAGUCCUAUUGGCUGGAUAAUUUUGCAAAAGACUCUGUAAACCCCGGAGUCAUGGUGUUGCUAGGAUGUGGUGCCCUAUCCAGCACGUGUGGUCAGCUGGCCAGCUACCCUUUGGCUUUGGUGAGAACUCGCAUGCAGGCUCAAGCCAUGUUAGAAGGUUCCCCACAGCUGAACAUGGUGGGCCUCUUUCGACGAAUCAUUUCCAAAGAAGGAAUACCAGGACUUUACAGAGGCAUCACCCCAAACUUCAUGAAGGUGCUCCCUGCUGUAGGCAUCAGUUAUGUGGUUUAUGAAAAUAUGAAGCAAACUUUAGGAGUAACUCAGAAAUGAUGUUGAAAUUCUUUUUGCUUUAGCAUGAUAAUUGAAACUUUCAACAACCUCUGGAGUGACUUUUUCUCCUCGAAUUGAAACAAGUCUUUGGCCAAAGAAACUGUAUUUCUUUCGCAAAAAGGAAGAUGAUAACAAUGCAACUUUUCAGCUCAAUUAUAUGUACACAGAAAUGUUAAAAUUCAUAGUUUUAAUACGUUUUGAAAAGGCCACACAAUUAUACUUUAUCUGUUCUUAAUAGUCCUUCUGCAAAUCUCUGCCCUGAAUCCAAAAUCUGAAAAUGUACUUGCUUAAACAAAAUUUGUUUUGUGUGGUUAAGUUAUAAAUCAUUAAUCUUUAUUUUGGGCGGUUUACGUUUAUGCCAGUUCCUUUAUACUUAAAUGUCUUGUUUUAUAUAUUUUGAAUAUCUUUAUAGAUUUCUUUAAAUUUCCUGUAGAACCAUUAAUAGAAAAUCAUUACAUUUAAAAUAUACCCUACAGCAAAAGCAUCCAAAUAAGUGUAGGGUUUAUGUCCUUAUUUUUCUUUCAGCUGAAUAGGAAUGAACACAGCGGUAGAAUUUCUAAAGAGAAGUGAUGAAAUUAUCUUUACUUCAGUGGGCACUUUUCUAUUUUACAUGUACCAUUAUUUGGUUCCUGGAGUUAUACACUAAUUUUCAGUAUAUUACUGUUAAAUUGUCGACACAAGACAACUUAAUUGGAAGAUUCUGUUCUCUCAUUGCUGUGAAAAGCAGCAGGAAACAAAAUCCUUUGACUUGUGACGGCUCCUGAACAGCAUCUUUUUUCCUUUGUCCUUUGUUUCCUGCUUUUUAAAUCAGAUUUCAUUUUAAUCAGGAAGACUUCUUGGGAUCAUUUUUAGUAACCUGAAAUUUCUUUUUAAAUUACAUGAAGUGGGAUGAUCAUGAGUGAAUGACGUGCUUAUUUCUCCCUCGCUGUUGAAUAUCUUUGAGCCUGCUCUUCUCAAUUUGGACAGCAUAGAGGUGAGAGAUACAUAUUAGUAGUAUGUAUUACUCAUAUACAUUAGAUACCUACAUUUAAAUGAAAGGCCCAAUUUGUAAACAUAUACAUUCAUAUUCUCUCUUGCUCCAAGUUUUAGGAACAUGUUAUGAUAUAGGAGACUUAAUUUAUAAUAAUGAUAGCAUUUUUAAAUUUUACUAAAGCCAUUUUUUGUAGUCAACUAUCUUUUCUUAUUUGUGUGUUUGGAACUUAGAAAAAUAUUUACUAAUUGAAGUUAUUGUCACUUUUUAAUUUAGUUCUUAAAUUCAUUUGACUUCUAAUAAUUUCUGUUAUAAAUUGCCAGCAUUUUAAUGAAAAUCUAAUGACAUAAUAGGUAUUUUUUGAACCUACCUCUUUUAUUUUCUGAACCAAAGAGAAAGAUGAACUGGUGUUUGUGAAGCAUUUUCAAAAAUGUAAUUUCUUUUAUAUUAGUUAUGUUUGAUAAAUAUCUCAGUAUUUUUAUAAUAUGAUAAGCCUGGGAUUCUACCUUAAGGGUUGUUUGUACUUCUGAAUAAUAUAUAAAAUGACAAUAUUAAGGUACAUGAUCAGCUCUAUUUUUAUUCAUAAAAAUUAUGGAAAUGAAUAAUUUUGCUAACAUUUUUGAAAUUCCAAACUUCUGGAAAAUAUGAAAAUAUUCAUUGUUCAUUAUGAGUUUAAAUUGUUCCCUAUUUAACAUUUGUAAGGCAUGAAUGUGAUUUGUCUGUACAUCUUGUAUCUUUUCCAAAAAAUGAUUCUGUAUCUUUUGGAAAAAAAGCUGAGAAUCGAAGAUAGUGUAUUUCUGGCAUUACUGAAUAUUUACUUGCAAUUUCUAUCAAAAAUAUAUAUUUGUUUUUAAAAUGA